AUGUUAUCAUCUAUUGGUACUAGAACAUCCGGCUUCGGCAAUUUGUUCUUCCGCAGCUUUGCAAAGGCUGCCGAGAAACCAAAGGUCGAUGGCGAUGAACUUUUCAAGAGAGUUAACAAGAUCAUUGAAGAAAAGGUUCGCCCAUUCAUCAGAUCUGAGGGCGGCGAUAUCGAACUCGUCGACAUCAAGAAUGGAUGCAUGAUUGUUUCCCUUGAAGGCGCUUGCACACAUUGCGGAAGUAAGAACAAUACACUCUACAAUGGCGUUCUUGGUGCUGUUCAGGAUGAAAUUCCAGAAAUUGAAAACAUCCGCCAGAAGAUGCCAUUUGAUGAUUUUGAUAUCUAA